AUGGCUGCCGUACAAUCGCUGAGCCAGCUGCUCCAGCGCUCCUCGAUCGAAGAGCACGACGAAGUCCUCAAAGCAUGCAACGCCGCCCUGAAAAAGUCCAAAACAGACCUGCAGGCGCAGCAUGCCAAGGUGGUGGCAUUGCUGAAACUCGACCGAUACGAAGACUCGCUGCGACUUCUGGAAGAAGCCGGAGAUGCGCUCAAGUCGAAGGCCCCCAUUGAAUAUGCCUAUGCCUUGUACAAGUGCGGUCGUUUGAGUGAGGCGGCCGAGGUUGCGGCGAGUUCGGCCACGGGACGAGGUGCGAAACAUGUCGAGGCUCAAGCAAACUACCGUGCCGAGAAAUUUGUUUCAGUGGCAUCGAUAUACGAGAGCUUGGCUGGCAACGAGGCGGAACUGGGCAACGAAUAUAACGAUUUACGUAUCAACACCUGGGCAGCACAUGCGCAAGGAUUAUGGCACAGAGAGGGAGACUUUUCACAGAUCCGGAAACCGACCAGAGAGGACCUCGAGGCUUUUGAGACGUCGUACAAUGCAGCUUGUGCGAGCAUCGCUCGGGGUGACUUAAAACAGGGAGAGAUUUUAUUGAAGCGCGCCAAAGAACUGUGUAAAACAUCGGAAUACUUGUCGCCCGAGGACAAGGCCAGUGAAUUGCUGCCGAUCAACAUCCAGCAGCUUUACACCCUUCUCAGACAAGGCAAGCUUGAGAGCGCCGAGGAAGUUGCUCGGGAAAUCUCUCUCAAUGAGAAUACGGAUCUCUCUACAAAGAAAAUCGCCCAGAAUAACAUCUUAAUAUCACAAAAACAAAACAUCAACCCUUACCAGCUGCACAAACUUUUCCAUGAUACUCCGGAGCCUCGUGACAGUGAUCAACUUUUCAAAUUCCAGUCCAGUGCUCUGGAUAGCAAUUCGCACGCACUCGAUCUCGAGGUGCAAAAGUCUGACGGUGUUAUCCGGUCAACGACAAAGGCGUUAUCACAGCGUCCGUACCCAUCAGUCGACCCAGAUGUUAACCUCCUAUCAAUCUACAACGCGGCAGCUCGUGUUCAGGAUAAAACCGGUCACCAGGCUAUCCAAGAGCUUCACACUUUGCUAGCUCGACGGCCGAAAGAUGUCGGGUUGGUCUUGACCAUUGUUCAGUUGUAUGUCGGCGAGGGCAACACCACGUCAGCUAUCAAUGCUCUCGAAAACACCAUCCAUCUCCUCGAAGAGUCAAUCUCCGAGGCCGACCAAGAAGUCCGAUACAACCCUGGAUUAGUUAGUGUGCUGAUUGCGCUAUAUCAACGCGAAGGCCGAAAAGCCCAUGUCAAGGCGGAGCUGGCCAAGGCCGCAUCGUACUGGCGCCAGCAAUCCAGACAGCCUACCACCCUUCUCCGUGCUGCGGCAUCCGAGCUCCUCCACUCGCCCGACCCAGCAGACCUGGCAAUUUCCCAAGAACUGUUCGGUGCAAUCCACACCCAAAACCCGGCAGACAAGUUCGCGAUCGCUGGCUAUGUUGCAUCGUACGCUACGACAGACCUGACCAAAGUCAAGAAGGAGCUGGAGAUCCUGCCCAAGGUCCAAGAUCUCGUGCCAGACGACGUUGACGUGGCCGCGCUCGAAAACGCAGGGGUCCCUCAGUCGCAGGCCAGUCUGGCCGCCAACGCCGCAGUCCUGGCCGGUGCGCGCAAGAGAGCUGCAAAGGACCAGAAUGCUCGGGCGAAGAAGCGGAUCCGCAAAUCACGGCUGCCCAAGGACUAUGACCCGAGCAAGGCGCCUGACGCCGAGCGAUGGCUGCCCCUGCGUGACCGGUCUACAUACAGGCCCAAGGGACGCAAAGGAAAGCAGCGCGCAGCGGAGAGAACACAGGGAUUUGUUGUUACUGAGAAGGAUGAAGCAGCCUUUGGUGGACAGCAGCAGCAGCAGCAGCAACAGCAACAAAAGACGGCAAACAAUGCCUCGAAAAAGAAGAAGAAGGGCAAGCGAUAG